CUCGUGUGCAAACGUCACGCCGGUUUCGAUCUCCUUGACUUGUUGCAUAAACACAUGUGUUUUAAUAAUAGUGUGUAUUAAAAUCAGAUUCAGUGAUGUUCAAUUCAGAUGCUGAGAAAUAAUGAAUAUUGUUUGGGUAUAUAUUUACGAAAAAUACGAAAAUGUCCUUGCGUAACGAUAAUUGACACUCGAUGUAUAUUUCAAAUUAUUAGAAAUCUAAUUAUGGAAAAUCUGAAAACAGACUACACUGGACAUUGGAAAAUGUUAUCAAGUGUUUUGUUGAUGAUUAAAUUGUCGAAUUAUUACUCGGAAUAAGAAUACUUCUUAGGCUUCAAUUUCCAAAACGAUAUAUAAAGAAAUGGAGGCCUUUCCAGUGAAGUGCGAUGUCUGCGAAAAUUAUUUCCAUUCUUUGGAAGAGAAAAAUGACCACCUUCAAAGAAAUCACAUAUUAAUAAAUAUGAAUCAGAGAUUUGUAUGUGAUUACUUCAACUGUGAUGCAUCAUUUACAAAUAAGUCUUCGUUAAGAUCGCAUAAAUCAAGAAGACACAGAAAUAGAGUACCGAUUUUAAAUUUCAAUAGAAAUAUAGUUGAACCGAAUGAUGCUAUGGAUGUGGAUGAUCGGAAUGAAUUAAUCGAAAACCUUCAAGGAGAUGAUGUGGACUUAGAAUCAAGAAAUGUGAGUGGGGAAGAAAAUUCGAGUAACGAGAACGAUUCUGAAGAAUCUGUACUUAAAGUGCGAUAGUGAAGCUGAACAAUCAGA